AUGCAUUCCUUGGACUCCUCUUUAUGUCCAAUGAUCUUUGCCACACUUGUAUCUUUUUUUCUUACACUUUCUCAUUCAUUAACGUUACAAUCAGACAUUGAAGCUCUUCAAGCCUUGAAACUUUCUGUUGAUCCAAACAUGAUUCCACCAUCAUCGUACCUCACUACUUGGGAUUUCUCCGUUGAUCCAUGCGACAAUAUAGGUCCCAAAUUUCUAGGAAUCUUAUGUUCUUCCCCUUCAAACAAUUCGAAAAGCCGAAUAACAACACUUGAACUUGAUGGCGCCGGAUAUGAUGGCUUUUUACCACCCAGAAUAGGAACCCUCACUGAACUAACCUCCCUUGAUCUUAGCAGAAAUAGAUUCAGAGGGCCAUUGCCUGAUGCCUUAAAGAAUCUCAACAAGCUAACUAAACUUUCUCUUUCAGGCAAUUUUUUCACCGGCGGUAUCUGGACAUGGAUAUACAGAUUGAAGAAGGUUGAAAGGAUAGACUUGUCGGAAAACUGCCUCUCCGGCCGGAUCCCUGCUCGGAUUUCCAAACUACGAAGAUUAACUCAGUUAAGCUUGUCAAAAAAUGAAUUUUCAGAAAGGAUUCCCAACAUAUAUGCAUUACAAAAGCUCCAGAUAUUGGACCUUGACUCCAAUAUGUUGAUUGGAAGCUUGCCAAAGCUUCCACCUAGACUAAGAACUUUGAGACUGUCCCACAACAAGCUUACAGGGCAUAUCACAUCAUUAGUUAAUCUUGAUCAUCUAAUAUCCGUAGAUGUGAGUGAUAACUGGUUUACAGGACCCAUUAAUAGGGGGGUUCUUGCAUUACCUCGAUUGAGUCACCUUAAUGUGUCCUUCAACCAGUUCACAAAAAUGGAGGUGAACAACUAUUUCGGAAGUGGAUCCCGGCUUCGAACACUAGAUGCGCAAAGGAACCACUUGCGAGGUCAUUUACCAGUUAAAUUAGUGAAUUUUGAGAGAUUAGAAGUAAUUAAUUUAGCCCACAAUCAAUUUACAGGUCAAAUCCCCAUGGCAUAUGGGCAGAGAUUGGGGAGACCAUGGAGAACCCUGUUUUUAGAUUAUAACUUCUUAUCAGGUCGUAUUCCACCGGAGUUUGGCCCCGUCGCCGUGAGGAUCAGAGGCAGCCUUGCAAAUAAUUGCUUGAGCUGCCCUUUAAGGAUCCCACUUUGUAGGGGACAGCAGAGGCAUGCUUCGGCAUGCCAUGGUGUGACUGAUGGAUAA